AUGACGAUUCCACAUCCUCCGGAGGUUCUUGUAUCGCGACUCCUUUCUGUUACUGAAUCGUCCAUCGUACCUCUCACUCGCACUCAGGUUGCUUCAGGAUGCAAGCUUUUUGGUGCGGCCAUUCUAUCCAGGUCCACGCUUGAGCCCGUCACGGUCGCAACUAAUAACGAGCGCGCGUCCCCUCUCCUCCACGGCGAAAUCAAUUGCAUUCAAACUUUUUUCGCGAGUCCUAAAGAAACAAGACCUGAGACGAAAGAUUGUAUCUUUUUCGCAACACAUGAGCCAUGCAGCCUCUGUCUAAGUGGAAUUACAUGGAGCGGAUUCAAUGAGUUUUACUAUCUGUUCACAUACGAGGAUAGCAGAGAUUUGUUUGGAAUACCAUACGACAUCGACAUCCUUCGAUCAGUCUAUCAGGUUCCGUCUCCAGGAGAAUCUCCAGAGGCCCUUGCCGCGAAGCCACUAUACAAUCGCGUAAACAAGUUCUUCACAGCACGUUCAGUUGCUGAAGUCGUCGCCACUGUUGAAGAUCCUGUGGCGAGGAAUAAGUGGAAUGUUGAAAUUGCUCGUGUUAAAGCUUUGUACAAUGAGCUUUCUGACACGUACCAAAGGGGCAAAACCAAUGGUCAUGAGACGUCAAGCAUAUUCCGGUAGCUUAUAUGCUUUCAAAAUAUUGCGCAGGAAAUGCAGGCUUGUAUUCGUGUAUUUUAACUUUCAUGGUAGAUAUCAUACUCCAAUCUCUGGUUGGGCAGCACGGAACUAGUCUGAGCAGAGCCAUUGUAUUAAAAUACUAGAAGGUUGUUGGCUAUUGGCAUAUAUCAGAAGGGAUUUAUAAUAUAUGCCAUGCUAAUGCCUCCUGCUCUAGAAAUUGAUAAUAUUCUCACAUACAUUUUAUCACGG